AGGCAGCAAUGUUGCAUGACUUCCCCUCGUUUCACGUGCGAUUUCUACCCCGCGCGGCUCAGCGCACCCACGAACGAAAGUGGUUCACCCGAGAGCUGAUGUUGCAAGCUAUUCCCGUCCCAUUCUGGCCCUAACUAGCUUUUUUUCCCUCUCGCUCAUCUCGCUCUUGUUCAUUUUCGAGCGUGCAACAAAGUGAACGGUUUCGCUGUGUCGCAUCGCACACACACACGCCGUCGGCCAUGUAUCGUACCCUCAGAAGUAAGCUGCGUCCUGAUUCGCUGUUAUCAAAUGAUGGCGCCGAUUAGGAUCACUACGGGUGAAUGGCUUGGAUUAGAAUGGAGCUGGUCAAAAUUUGAUAAUUUUGCAAAUAUUUCGUUUUUAUGCAAAUUUUAGCAUGUAAAAUUGAUUUUAUUAAUUCUUAAUUCAUUUUAAUUAUCAAGAAGGUCAAAUCAAUCUUCGCCUUUAAUAAUUACUACCAUUUUUGGAUUUUAUUUUCUGUCAAUAAUAUCCAUGAUUUUUAUGGUCAAAAAUAUUGAUCCUUCAUUUGAGAUAAACCAUAGUGCCGUUUGUUUUGGCUCUCUUCUCGCUCUUGUUGGAGAAAUUGUGGACAUUUUCGCAAACAGAUUUUAAUUUUGCUGGACACGGUUCAGCUCCGUGGCGUGUAAUUUGUUAAGAAAGUUUAGAAAUAGUUAAGUUAUUUAAAUGCGUAGGAAAUGUGCGUAAAGUGUGAUUAAGAUUAGCAUCUAUUUUGUCCCGUAAAGUGAAAAAAUGUGUGUGAAGGUGGACGGCGAAAUUGGCGAUGGUGAAGCGGAGUGGCAGGAAAUAAAUUAUCCCGGACAAAUAAUGAAGCAUCGGAUGCCAGCGCCAAUCAAUACGCAUCGCCGAGGACUACUGACAAUUUCGCCUGGGACCACAGGAGCGGAAGGAAUCAUUUUCCGGUUGGAGGAGCAGCUAAAGUUGCCGGGAAUGCUGGCUACCAGGGUGCAGUUGGAUUGCACAAAAAUGCAGCAAAAAUUUUGUCUUCCAUCGGACGCCGUCAGCACCAAGCACCGGUAUUCUAAGGAAGCCCGUCCUUGUGGAGGAAGGAAGACGUACGAGGGGCGAGAGGGAAGGCGAACGGGCAAGCGCGCGCGGCUGAAGCGGACCGAAGGAAGGAUGGAUUGAUCGGCACGUACGAGGCGCGGAUCAGCUGGCGGUAGCACAGCGGGAGGGGUCCAAUCAUGUGUGAGCAAAUUGGUGAGUAAUAAAGGAAGAGAGUGAAGAGAGAAUUUUCCGUGUUUUCAUUUUUUACGAUCCGAAAGGGUGGGGGUAAAAUGAUGAGAUUCAUUUUGAAUGUUGCAUGACACCCCACGCGACGCGUCGCAUGAACCUCAUCCACCGUGCUGCUGUUGCUGGAAUAAUGAUGAGAAAUUGGAUGAAGUUGCUCCCAUACAAAAGUUCAUGCAACAUCGGCGAUUUUGCUGCCUGGG